AUGCCACCACGGAACUUAUGCCGUGUGCUUGUAUUACUGCUGACAUACCCAGUGGUGUUUGGAGCGGUGAAGGAUAUCGAACGAAUUUGGACGAAAAAUUUGAGUGAUCCAGGUUACUACGCGAUCACUACUAUUCCCAAAGGAGCUACGGCUAUUUAUGUAAUAGAUCUCGCGGAACAGGGAAAUUUUUUAGCGGUAAGGUUAGACAACAAUACGUACUUAUUCAAUGGGAAAUACACCAUUAAUAAAUCAGAGAAAUACAAGGGAGCUGGUACAUUUUUUGUAUACACAAGGCAUAAUGAACGUAUUGCUGAAAAAUUCUAUUCACCCGGGCCUUUAGAUUCGCCUGUUGAUGUUAUGUUGAUCUAUAAUGGGAUCCUACCAAAAGUGAAGUAUCAAUAUAAAAUACCCGAUAAUCUGAAAAGUGAGACGACUACACAAAGAAAUUUCGCUGAAAUAACACCGUCAAAUCUUCAAUCUCCUUCAACGGCACAUUUUUUGAGUACAAUCUUGCCUAACGUUAUACCAGACGACAACGAACAAUCGUCCACACCGAUUCCAAGAAUAAAGAGAAGGAGAAAAUUCACGUGGAAAGCUGCUGGAUUUAGCAAAUGUAGCAAAUCAUGUGGCGGUGGUUACCGAACUAAAAAAUAUGUCUGCGUACGACGGCGUGGAGACGAACCACGGCGAAUAUCUGACAAAAAAUGCCUCAACGCCAAAAAUCUUCAAAAGCCUAACAAUGUGACACUCCCAUGUAAUAGCCAACCUUGUCCACCACGAUGGGAAACCGGCAAAUGGAACAAGUGUUCGACGACAUGUGGCAACGGUAUCAGAACUCGUCAGCUGCUGUGCGUGCAAGAGAUGUCGGAUAAGUUGAGCACAAACUUGGAUGCUAAGUAUUGCCCUGCAAAGCGUCCUACUACAAUAACCAUGAAAGAAGUUUGUCACAUGCCCAGUUGCGAAGUGCACAUGACCACGCCAAAACCAAGCCUCACCACUAGACAAUAUAUUGGUUCUAUCCCACACUGGAAGGUCGAGAAAUGGUCCUCUUGUUCAGUAACGUGUGGACGAGGUCGGAGAACUCGAGUGGUCACUUGCAUCACGGCCUAUGGAAAAGUUUGCAAUAUGGUCGAUAAACCGGCCAGCGAAGAACCAUGCAACGUAGAUAGUUGCAUCUCAAUAGCUCAGAUUGAAAACGAAAUUCCUGAAGCUCUUGUAGAUAGUCCGUGGUUGUACAGUGCUUGGCCCAAGGAAUGUUCUUCGGAGUGUGAAAGAGGAACGCUUACGCGUCGAUUGUAUUGUGAGAGUUUUUUGAGAAAUAAGACUUGCAGUCUCGACAAUAUGCCUCCCAUGAACAAAACUUGCGUCAGUAGUCAUAACUGCGGUCAAUGGUUUUCUGGACCUUGGACGAAGUGCUCGUCGUCAUGCGACACUGGCAUCGCAACACGGGAAACCGUUUGCGUCUACAGGUUACUGGGAGUUCUAAAAAUAGUUGACCCUGUCAAUUGCUCCAGAGAGAAACCAGAAACUAUGCGAUCCUGUACGGGUCCGCCAUGCAAUGCUACGUGGUUUACGUCAGAUUGGACUCAGUGUUCGCUAAGCUGCGGAACAGGAACUCAAAAACGAGAGGUCAAAUGCAUUAGACCAGACGGCAUGCCGAUAAAUGCAAGCGAACUGGAGUGCGACGGUGAAAAACGGCCGCCCAGCGAAAGAAGCUGCAAUGACGCACCGUGUGAAAAACUAAAUACUGAAGAGACGAAUGCAAUUGCUAAUAUGGAAAAUCAAUAAGUCUCUAAAGAUACCUAUCAGAAUAUGCCGGAUUGCUGGAAAAUUCUAUGGAAUAACGAGUUAAAGCAGAAAUGCCAGUUUCAACGUUACAAAUGUCGUUGUUGGUAAAUUUGCCGACACUAUAAUUUAAUUUAUACUACAACUGUAAUUUCCUGAACUAAAAAAUGAAUAUUAAUACAUACCAAUCAAUCAUUUAAUUAAUAAUUCAUCAU